CCCCCUCCCCUCCGCGUCCAGGGGCUCGCGAUCUCCGGCGCUCCGCCCGCCUCGAGGCAGCUCAGCUUGGUGGCCCUCGCGGAGGACUGACGAUCGCGGAUCGCCGCGGCCCGAACGCGGCGGGGAAGGAGGGCGUCCGCCGGGCAGCGCGGCUGACAUCUGCGGUCACGGGGUCGGCCUCCCGCGCGGAGAGCGGCCCCGUGCGUCCCUCCGUGAGUCGAUCGGUGGGUCCGUGCAGCCGGCUCAAAGCCCUGGGCUCCCGGCACCAAAUGGGAGGCUACACCAGACCGAUGGCGGCGGCGGCGGCCCUGUCGGGCCCGGGGGUGCGGCUGUCGCCCUCGGCGGCGGCCCGCGGCUCGUACGGCGCCUUCUGCAAGGGGCUCACGCGCACCCUCAUCACCUUCUUCGACCUGGCCUGGCGGCUGCGUACGAACUUCCCCUACUUCUACGUGGUGGCCUCGGUGAUGCUCAACGUCCGCCUGCAGGUCCAUAUUUAGAGCAACUAACUUUGUGGCAUUCGGGGUGGGGGGCCCGGCGGGAUGGCUGGCUUCCACCCACCGGCUCGCCAGCCCUAGAGCAAAGCGGCCAGUUCGACUCUCCCGCACGCAGACUUGCCGGUCUGCCUUUCCACUGCCUUAUCUUUUAAUGUAAAUGGGCGGCUAGAAAUCAUCGUUUGCCCCAAGCCCACAGUACAACCAGGAAAGCCUAAGAUAGAAUGAAAAGGUGAUUCUCUAGGAAAUAGAUAAUUCAAGGAACAAGGAAAGAACUUUAAACUCGGAAAAUCCUCACAAAUACUUGAGAGGCUCUUGCAUCCAUAAAAACACAAAACAGCCCAAACGGUAGGAAAUGACCAUGGUCACAGGAUGCCCGAAGGGGGAAAACAAGAGGAAAGGUUGCUAAGAACUUAAAGGUAAACUAACCGUACCAUAGUGGUGCAACUAGGAGGCAAAUCUUCCAAACGAGAAAAAGGGGUGAACAGACUUUCAACGGAAGGGAAUGAAUUCUGAGCAAUAGAUGGGUUGAGUUAGACGCUGGAGGAAAUGCAUACGAUCUGGAAGGCAUACAUUUCUUCAUCCCCAAAGAGAACCCAGUGGCGAACGGAAACCGCGGAGGAGAACGAACCUUUCAAACUGUACAAGGAAGGCAUGCUUCAAAUAGAAAGCAACCUCGGACGGGGCCUGGUUUUGAAGAGUUGCCAGGAGUGGAAGAAAGGGAAUCCGCUUGGACCCUGAUUGGCACGUGCACCAUGACUCUGCGGUCACAGAGGAGACCAGUCACCCGGUUCAACUCAGCUCUUCAGUGAACGAUAUCGGAAUAAUCAUUUCAGUGGAAAUAUACGUUACGGUUUUCCGCUUUUAGACUGAAUCUGUCAGCUAAGAAGGGAAGACAGUUAUAGUUGUAGAACCAGACGGCAAUGUUAGCCACUCGGACAGUGUGGGAGUCCAGGCAAUAGGCAGGCAGGCAGAGAGGAGGAAACGGAACAGUGGUGUUAUUCUCAGAAAGCAGAAAGUCCAGAUUCUGUCUCUAGUUGAAAGAAUAAGGCAGGUUUGGGGAUUGUAUUAUUAAAGUCAACAAAGUAGCUAACAGGAGAUUUAAAAAUAGUGAUUCAGCCAUUUUGAGCGGGUAGGAGGUUCUGGGAGGGCAGGAAGUCAAAAAAUGCCUCCUGUUAUCAAGUCAAAAAAUAGUAACAAAAGCAUAUUCUCAAGGAAGAAAAAAGGUAACCACUAAACAGACGUGUAAACGUUUUUGCUGCUGGCUGGGGGGAACUGCGUUGAACAGGAUGGGCGGGGAUUUACUACUUUUCAUCAUAUGCCUUUUUUAUUAUUUGAUUUUUUGAAAACUGUGUAUGGAUUGCUUUGAUUCAAAAUUAAAACUUAUUGGGGCGUCUGGGUGGCUCAUUCGGUUGAGCAUCCAACUCUCCGAUUUCAGCUCAGGUCACGAUCCCAGGGUCAAGGGAUCGAGCCCUGUGUCCGGCCCAUGCUGAGGGUGAAGCCUCCUUAAGAUUCUCUCUCUCCCUCUGCCCCUCUCCCCUGCUCACUCUCUCUCUAAAGUAAAAAAAAAAAAAAAAAAAUUGCAGAUCUUCAGUCCCCUAAAUCAGAACCUGCAUUUAAAAAAAAAACUAAAACUUAUUAAAAACUGCAUUUACUGCAAUUAGAAGGAAAUUUGGGGGAGGGGGAGCAGGUAGACCCCCAAGGCAAAAGUUUAAAACUGAAAAUGACCAGUAAUCUUCAGGUAGCCCAGAGCUUCCUCACUCUCUGAAACUGCACAGGCAAAUUUCUGCAGUGUCGCAGUUAAGGUAAAAAAAAAAAAAAAAAGCGAGAGAGAGAGAGAGAGAGAGAGAUUUAUUUUAUAAAACUUAUAAUUUUUCAAAACUGUUUUCCGGUUUUGUUGAGAUAUAAGUGAACAUCUAACAUUGUGUAAAUGUAAGCUGUAUAGUGCGUUGAUUUGAUACCCUCCUAUAGCUGACACCUCUAUCACAUCACAUAAUUACUGUUUUUGUGGUGAAAACAUUCCAGAUUAGUCUCUUCUCAACCUUCAAGUAUAUGACAGAAUAUUGUUAACUGUAAUCACAACUCUGUCUUAGCUCCCUAAAGGUCGUUCAUCUUCUAACUGGGAGUUCGUGUUUAUGGACCAACACGGAGGUCCUCACUUCCCCCACCCCCAUCCCCGCCCCCAGUAAACACCAUCCCAUUCUGUUUCUGUGGGUUUGGCUGUUUUAGAUUCCCCAUUUGAGUGCGGUCAUACAGAAUGUUGAUGGACAUUUGGACGAGUGCCUCAAGAUGUUUAGACAAGAUGCCUACAUUUUAGUGUUGGUCAUAAUAGCGAGACAGUGGAAAUUAACGAAAUGUCCACCAUUAGUGUAGGGGCACAGGGCAGGCCGCCCCAAGAUGGGCCGCUUUGGCAUGAACAUUAUUUUGAGUCAAAAGCAAUCCAAAUCCAGCACAUGCAGGAAAAACUCUUCACCUCCCCCUCAACUGCCUGUCUUUACCGGGAAGAGAGCUGGGAACAGAGAUUCCUUUUUACUUAAGAAACUUCUCUGCAUAACAGGGCGACCUUUGUUUUCCAAACAUCUCCUCCCCGCUUCCAGCUAAUGGUCUUUCUCCCCUUUUAUUUUUAGGCCCUACCCCUCUUCUUAGCUCCUAUAAGCCUCAUGUUGCCUCACUGUUUUUGUAAUCUCAGGUGUGUGUGGAUUCCCCAUAUGUCUGCUAUUAAAUUUGAUUUUCUGUUAA